AUGCGUUUCUCAGUCCUCCUCUCCGGCCUCUUCGCCGCCGUGGCUGUUGCCGAGUCCACUGCCUCUGCCCCGGCUACCGCUGUCUCUCUGAGCCCCGCCCAGGCCUCUCAGGCGGCUUGCUUCAAGGCUUGCGCUGCGGGCGACGUCGACUGCCAGGCUCACUGCGUUGCUGUCCCCUCUCCCGACCGUGGCCAGGUCAACGCCACCACCCAGUGUGUCGCCGCCUGCCCCCAGGGCAAGGGCACCGCUGCUGACAACAAGGCAUAUGGCGACUGCGUCCAGGGCUGCAUCGGCAAGAACUACUUCGUCUCCUCCAAGGGCACUCCUCAGGCUACCGGCGCCGCUGGUGGCAACAAUGCCCAAAACUCCAACACUGACACCGCCGCUGCCCCUACCGGCACUGACUCCUCCUCCACUGGUACUGAGACUGGCGCUGCUUCCACUGGCUCUUCUGCCACCAAGUCUAGCAACACCUCCGGCUCCAAGACCGGCACUGCUGCUGCUCAAACUUCUACCCAUAACGCUGCGCCCGCCAUCAUUGCCUCUGGCGGUGCCUUUGUUGGCGUCAUUGCUGCCCUUCUGGCCAUGUAA